AUGAUCAAUGCCGAGGAAUGGGAUUGGGGUCUCAAGACGGCUAGGCUCUACGUUGGCCUGGGCGCCCCUUUUACUGUCGGAAUGUGGUUCUUGAUUGCUGAGACCAAGGGCCACGUCAAACUCGCCUUUCCCUCUGCUGAGCUGGACGAACUCUUUGAGCGAAAGACUAAGCCGUUCCGCUUCCACAAGACUACCAUCGUCACCCAGCGUAUGGUCCAGAUGAAUGGAGAGGAGCGUGCUUAA